AUGCCUCCAAGAAAGAAGACCAGAAGCAACAACAUAACUUCCCAGGAUGGGCCAAGCCAUGCUGACUCAGAGUCAAGGCAACAUGCCUAUUCUAGAGAAGAAGAACGUGCAAGUGAGGGAACUUUUACCCUCACAGAUCUUGUUGCAGCCAUUCGUGCUAUGGUGAAUGAGAAGCACCCACAGGAGGAAUCUGCUGCUGCCGGAAAGGAGUCUGAGCAGAAGGGACCAUCUUUUGUCACCCAGGAGGACGUUGUUGCCAUGCUGGAAAAGGAGCUGAGUCGAAGUCAGGAAGAUUGGAAGUAUCUUCCUCAGCCGCCGUAUCCAUCAAGCUUACUCCAGCAGCCAUAUCCUAAAGGCUAUGAAGCACCGACCUUUGUCCUCUUUGAUGGACGAAAGGGGAGCCCGAAAGAGCAUGUCAAUCGCUUCAUCGAUGCCUUGGGACCAUAUGCUGGUGAUCAUAAUCUUCGACUUAGAGAAUUUUCAAAGAGUCUCACCGAUUGUGCUUACACAUGGUAUACAACGUUGGCACCAGGCUCUAUUCAUUCCUGGGAAAGCUUGGCAAGCAGGUUCUGUAAGAAGUAUUUCCAGCAUGAAGAACGAGUCACCACCACUCAACUCAACAACACUCGCCAAAAGCAUGGUGAGGAUCCCGUGGACUUUGUACGUAGGUUCCGGGACCUGGCAUUGGAUUGCUAUGAUGAGAAAGAUGAGGAGGCGCUUGUUGAAAUCUGCAUCAGCAAUAUCGUGGCAGAUUAUAGAGUGUAUUUGGAGAAUAUUGGCAUUAGUCAAUUUUCUCGGCUGUUGGAAGCUGUGAGGAAGACGAGCAUGUCCGUCAAGCCACCAGGACAAAGGACUUGGAGGAAUGAGAAGAAGGAAGCACAUCAGACAUUAGCAAUAGAUGACAAGCCAUCCAACGACUACAAUUCACGCAAACGGAAGGAUAGAGAGACGUAUCCACCACUACCAUGCAAAGAUGAAGAAUUUCAUGCUAUCCUUGACACAGUGAUUGCUGAUGGCGUAAUCAAACCUGUCAGACCCUACAAAGUUCCUACUCGAGAGGAAAAGAAUGAUCCUAGGAAGCAAACGAUUGAUGAAGACCCCUUGCCAAAACGAAGGGGAAAGGAGGUAGCCGCUGUCAUUACAUGCUCUGAUGAUUUGCUUGAUGAUGAUGAAUUGUGUCACCCUUGGAGGAAUGACCCAAAGCCGCCAGAAGCUAUAUGGGAACCUUGCGGAAACAUGGAAAAGGCAUAUUGGUGUAAAUAUUCGAGGCCUUCAAGUUACAACACACCAUGGCCACUCGCUGAUGGAUGGGGUGACAACUCAGGCAGCGAAAUUUUUGUUUUGGACAUGCCGGAAGAACGCUACCCCGGGGCUUUAUCGGAGCAGCAUGAAGCAGCUGCUGUGACAUUUCAUAAUAUCACGGAAGCUGAAACAAGUGUGAUGGAACGUUAUUUAAGCAUGAAACAGGGGCCCACAGCUUCACAGGUCCUUCAAAGGAACCCAAAGUUCAAAUCACUCUUUGACCAACUUGGCUUCGGGCCUCAAGCAAGAGAAGCAGCCGCUGUAGCUCUGAUGAAUAUCUCUGAGGAGUCUAACUCUCAAUACUUUACAACUCAACCACAAGGGUCAUUCUUCGGAAACAACAAUGCUAUUGUCUUCACGGACGAAGACAUGGAAAAUCCAUACCCGGACCAUAAGAGGCCGCUUUACUUGGAGGGACAAAUCAAUGAUGUGUUCAUAAGGAGAGCUUUGGUAGACACGGGUUCCUCUGUCAACAUAUUACCUCUGUCUGUGCUUAUGGCAGCUGGUAUCCCAUUGUCCAAAAUUGUUCAAUCACAAACAAACAUCAUUGGUUUCGGGAAUAAGAGUGAAGUCACGGUCGGGCAUCUACAGGUAAAUUUGAAGGUUGGGCCAAUUCGGUCACUUACUAAGUUCUAUGUUGUGGAUGUGGAUGUGGCUUACCAUGCUUUGCUUGGAAGGCCAUGGCUCAACAAGCAUAAGCUUGUGGUCUCUACCUAUCAUCAAUGCGUAAAAGGAAGGAUUGGGCUGAGGCCGCUACGCAUACCUGGAAACCAAGCACCGUUCAACAAAGAUGAAGCUCACUACUCUGAGGCGGAAUUCUACACUGAAUGCACAGGUGCUGGAAGCAAUCCAUCCAAGGAUUUCGGGACCUACCUUCCUUCAUGGACUGAAAUUCGUGAUUUAAGCAAUGAGGAGCUCAUCACCAUUGUUGAUCGAGAGAGAAAGAGGCACUCGGAAGUUAACAACCAUGCCUAUGAUCAUCCCCAAUGCUCAAAGGUGACGCUGCCCGAUGGACGUAUCGUGUACCGCUUAUGA